UCUCGGUAACGAGCAGACGUGUGCCAAAUCUACGUAAUUUAUAAAAUAAAAUAAUAUUAUUAAAUUAAUCUAAAAAAAUAAAGGCAAAUAAAAUAGGAGUGCAUAACAAGCGAAGAGAUUUAAGUUUGUUCCUCAAGUCUCAAGUCCAUCUACGCGCUAACGCAGUUUCACCAAAGCAUGCAUGGGUGAGAGAGACAAAUCUACUUUUAAAGUAAUCUGAAUCGAGUACCAGGGCGGCAGAAUCAACAACAAGUAUUUUUGCAAACCGAUACACAAGCGGUAUUUCGACGUUGCCAACAUCAAUCGCUGUGGUACAGACGAUUUGUGUUACACCUUUACACAGCGAAUCCCGAGUUCGAAUCCAGCAGACUGAAAAUCUUUUGCUUAUUGUUUUUGAUUUAUUCUUCAUAAGUGUCCGUUGAAAUACUCUGCACAAUGCCCCUAAACCGAUCACCACCUCCGCGUUCUUCAUCUACAUCGACACUAUCCUUGUGUCAAAAUGAAAGAAUUAUAACACAAGAUUCAGACACUGCCUCUGAAAUAAUGCAAUCCGACGUGGAAAAGGGCUGUCCUAAUACAGCGAGAAGACCUAAGAGAAAACAUGGUGAUGUAGCUAAUGCAGAGCUAAAGGAGCUUCUAUGUGACAUCCAGAGGAAACAGGAGGAGGAAUUUCGUUUCAUAAAGCAGGACAUGGAAGCCAUUAAGCAACAAAAUAUCGAGUCCCAAAGAGAAUCCGAAAAAUCAUUAGAGUUCCUUUCAAAUAUGUAUGAUGCCUUAUUGCAGAAGUUUGAGGCAGUGGUUAAGGAAAAUUCUGUUCACAGAAAAAACAUUCAUUUAUUAGAAGCUAAGGUGGAGCAAUUGGAGCGUAAUAUUAAAUCGUCAUCCAUCGAAGUUCGAAAUAUUCCAUUAAGUAAAUCGGAAACUAAACAGGAUCUGAAAACUCACAUCAUAUGCCUAGGCGAAGCAAUAAAUCAACCUAUACAGGAUGGGGAGAUUAGAUAUAUCUUCAGGGUAAAGACAAAAAAAGAACCAGGACCUGUUAUAGUAGAAUUUACCACAAUAUUAAGAAAGGAAAAUUUCAUUAAGUCUGUGAUUGGUUUUAAUAAAGACAAGACAAAGGCAGAGAAACUAAACACUGCACAUCUCAAAAUCCAUGGAAAUCCCAAUCCGGUUUAUGUGACGGAUAAUCUUACUACCAAAACUAGACGUCUAUACUAUUUGACCCGGGAGUUUACGAAAGCCCAUCCUCAGGCUAGCUGCUGGAUAACAUUUGGGAAAAUCUAUAUAAGGAUAGGAGAAGGACUACCAAGCAUACACAUCAGUACUGAAGAGGACCUAGCCAAAUUAAAAACUCAAAAAUGACUAGAUUAUUUCCAUUUAAUCGGUUUCAUUUUAUUUAAACAAAAUUAUUGUGCAUCACUUUCACAUACAAUUAUAAUAAAUUCAUACAAUUUCAAAAUUACAUUAUACACUUACAGUUACAUAAAUACAUUGCCAUCUUACAUUUUAUAUCUUUUAAUACGUAUACACUUUGAUCUGCUUUGCAAAAAAAUCAACAAAAACGGGGACCGUAUUCUGUUUAGGGAAGUUAUAAUAUUAAUAUUUAUUAAAGUUUAUCACAUUACUGCAUUGCUGGCACCAUGGUUCAUAUGUUUUUAAAAGUGACAAACAUAAAUAAUUUUAUAAACGAUUUAGACAGCUUUAAUGUAUCCGUGCCAGUACACUGUGAUCCAGAAGAAUGUAAUACUCAUCUUUCAAAGCCGGGUUUAUAUCUGAAAGUACUCCAACAAAAUAUAAGAAGUAUUAACCGCAAUUUUAGCGAGCUCCAAAUGUUACUUGCUCGACUUAAAAUGGACUGUGACAUCCUAGUUUUAUCGGAAUGCUGGCUUACUGAUGAUUCUAUGAUACCGAAUAUGAAUGGUUAUAACAGUUUCGGAAGUAAACAGAACUACAAUCAAAACGACGGUGUAGUCAUAUAUAUAAAAAAAACAGCUCAACUUUACAAUUGAGGAACCAAUCUUCUCGGAGGCAAAUUGUCUAGUUAUUAAAAUCGGUACUGACACGGUUGUAAUUGCUAUUUAUAGACCCCCAAGUUUCAGAAAUCUGGAUUCGUUUCUAAACGCGUUAAAUCAUCUUUUAGCUAGCUUAUCGAAAUUUAAAAACAUCGUUUUAGUCGGCGACAUAAAUAUUAAUCUAAUAAAACAACCAGAGAGCUCAGCCUACCUUGACGUUACAUCAUUUCACGGACUAAUACCGGCAACAAACAGUCCAACAAGGGGUAAAAGUUGUUUAGACCAUGUUAUCAUAAAAACAAAACUACCCAGCUUCACAUUUCUUUUAGGCACAACUAUAACAGACCAUGAAGCUGUAUUAUUUUGCCUUAAAACAAAUGGUUCUAACAUUAAUCACACGAAAUUUUUGGUCUAUAGAUAUAAUUUUGAUGGUAUAAAGUAUGAUUGUUCUGAAAUAGAUUUUAUUGCCGUGUACUUAGAAAAUGACUUAAAUAAAGCUACGGAUAUAUUAAUUCGCCAAAUCUCUACUGUAGUAAUGAAAAAUACAAUCACAUAUAAAAUUUCUAGGAAUAAACGUAAAAUAAAACCGUGGAUGACCACUGGUUUACUACGUUGCAUAAAGACCAGAGAUAAAAUGCAUAUUAAAUUAAAACGGAAUCCAGAAAAUGAUAUAUUGUGCAUAUCUUACAAAAGGUACAGAAACUAUUGCAACAGCUUAUUAAAAAAAAUUAAAAGGCAGUAUGAAAAAGAUGAAAUGAUUAAAUCAAAAAAUAAUAAUAAAAGAAUGUGGCAAACUAUAAAAACAAUAACUAACUUAGCACAUCAAAAAUCAAACUGUAAUGAAUUAUUAAAUAUUAGGAAUAGUGCACAAGAAUCAGUGAACUAUGUUAAUGACUUUUUUGCAAAUGUAGGAAGAAACAUAGCGGAAGCUAUUCCAAAAACCAUGAUAAAAUCUUUUCCAAGUAUUGAUUAUCAUAGAUCAUUAAACUCUUUUGCUUUUACAGAAACUACAAGUGAAGAGAUAACAACUAUCAUCAUGAACUUAAAAUCUGACUGUUCGCCUG